AUGAUCGAAAUCGGCACGGAACCACGCGCCGGCACUCUGGAAUGGCUCGACAACGAUCGGAAGCGGGUGUCGUGGACCGAACUUCGCAGCGCGUUUCAUUUGGUCUACAGGCAUACGGUAGAAGCGGCGUCAAGACGUUGUCAAUAUGAGAAACGCAUUUUUUUCAGGCCACUGACUCGCUCACGGACUCGCUCAUUUUCCAUGUAUACGCGGCGAGGGAGUCGACGAGACGGGCGAGUAGGAUACGCGUUUCGGUGGACAUUCAGAUCAAGAAUCCACCGGAUCCGGAUGUUCAGGUGCGUCGGUCAGAGCUCUCGGAAAAUGGACUAAAAGUUAGGAUAGCUUUGCUUGUUGUAAAAAGUGUUCUCACUUCCAGGCUAGCUACAGUACUCUCAAAUGUGGUUGUUGAAAAAAGUUGUCAACUGCAAAAAUAGAACACAUGUUUCGUACGUCAUUUUUGUAGUUGACAACUUUUCUGAAAAACCACUCCCGAGAGUAGUGUAGGUCUUGAAAGUUAGGAUAGCUUCAAGUGCGUUGAAAAGCUCUCAGACUUUCAUGAGCCACGAUAGUUCUAGAAUUCAACUUUUCAAACUUGCAGGUGGUGCUGUUCCCCUCCUCGGUGAGCGUCCUCAACUCGGGCUCCACUCCGCUGCUCGCCGAUCUCCUCAUGACCCGCCACAAGACGGUCCCUCCACAAUCGAUCAUUUAUCGGAUCCAACAGCGGGGCGGCGCCGGAGUGACGAUCCGUCGCGGCGACGAAGAAGUCGAUCACUUUUCGCAGCAAGAGGUGACGGACGGCAAGAUUUCCGUCUGGCACACUGCCAACCGUCAUCAGCCCGUCGCCACGUGGCACGACGUCAUCGUCCUUGACAUUGAGGGACACACGCGCACUCUGAUAAUCGACAUUCGGCCGCUGGACCUGAUGCUCAAGAAUCACUCGACAAUCUGGUAUCCGCAGGGCAAGACGUACGUCGUGCUCAACUCGGAGCAUCUUGGAGCAUUCUCGAUGGGCAAUCGGAGCAGUCUCAAGUACAAAAUCACAGAGGGACCCGAGAACGGGACGUUCUAUUGGGUGGCUGGCGAGAAAGAGGCGAAAGAGUUCACGCAGAGGGACGUCGACGAGGGACGCGUGCUGUACGCGCAGCUAAACAUGCACUCCUACCAGGACAAGUUCGAGUUUCUCGUCGAGAACGACUCAAGAGAUGUACUUCGGAAUAGUUCGGAGCUGCGCGUUCGGGCUCUCAUCUCUGUGCAGCCGGUGAUUGUCGAGGCGGACACGGCGACGCCGUUGACGACGUCGCAGAUCAACGCGUCUGCGCUGUUGGUGAGUUUGACAGCUGUUGACACGACGACGAUAACCGUUUCGAAAUCAUUCAGAACUCGUCGCCACGUUUCUUUCUCACUUCGCCGCUCAAAUUCGGUCGUCUGACGUUCGAUCCGAACACCAACUACUCCACGUACUACUUCACCUACACCGAUAUUCAAAAGGGAAUCGUCUACUACAAGGCGUUCAGCAGCGAGGAAGAAGUGCACGAGAGUGUGCAUCUCGAAGUCCGUGCCGACAAUGUUCAGCCCGCCCGUUUCACGCUCGCAAUCACCGUCCUCCGAGCCGAUAUGGAAGCCUACGACGUGACGAACGCUGCGGACCAAGGCGUACUCAAUUCGGCGGGUGGCAACGCGAAAAAGCUGUCGAUAUUCGGCGAGAACAGUCUGCCGGCGGUGAUUCUCGGAGCAAUCGUCGCCGCCACGCUGUUCGUGCUCAUCUGUCGGAGGUGCGGAGACGGAAAGAAGAAGAAGAAGAAGAAGGACACGCGUCGGGCGCCGGUGAGCACGAAAUUGGACACGCCCACACGUCUGCCGCCCUCGCCGACGGACAGUUUGGAGGAGCAGGAGAAGCCACCCGAUCUGCUCGGCACCACGGUGUUCGCGUCGGUGCGGCAGGCCGAGGAUCGCAUGACUAUGCAGUCGUUCAGCAAACCGCCAAGGCCGGAGGUACGGUAGAGUUUGGUGCUUGCGCACUUUUCAAGACGAGUAUUCUGGCGCCUAUUAGUCUAGAAAUUGUUUUGUGAAAUCUUCACAUCUAGUACUUUAUUUGAUCUCUUGACAACUUUUCUCCACGACCACUUUCAAGCGCACCCGAAGCUAUUGUAACUUCCAAAAGCUACAGUAAUCUUAGGAGUGGUCGUACAAAAAAGUUGUCAGAUACAAAAAUGCACUACUAGAUGUGAAAAUUCGGAGAAAAAAAUUUGAGACACACACAACGUCUUCGAGCCCUACAGUCCGCGUUCAAAGUUCGCAGUCAACGGGUUGCUCGUCAAGUUUGGUGUCUCCGUGCUCUUUCGAAUAUUAUCCGAUUGCAGAAGUCCUCUGGCCGCAACAAACCUCCCACAAACGUCCGUCGCCCCCAACAAAACGUCUCCUCGUUGGACUACGCCGGAAUCGCCUCGGACACCCCUCCGCCGAUGCGUCUUUUCGAUCAAGUCGCCCAAACACAACCGACCAAUCACUAUUGGGUCUGA